CACGAUAUAAAGAUCAUUACUUGGAUGUGGGGAAAAAGCUGCGCACACGAGAAAUGAUCCAGGCCGAGUUGGAUUUGGGAAAGCCGCUAGGUGAUGGAGACGGUCAGGUGAUGCACAGUGCAGGAGAUGAAAACAGCACAGAGAGUAAACGGACUCGUACUACACAUGAGCCGCGCACAGUCUCGCUGUCUGACAUGUUCGAUGAGAUCCUCCAAGAGAAUAACCCAUUUACAAGACAGAGGACAAGCUCAGCCGCUCAACAGUUAGAUGGUUAUCUCUCAGAAGUCCCCAUCCCCAGGAGCAAUAACCCUCUCGAAUUUUGGAGGACCAAUCAAGGCCGCUUUCCCGACCUGGCGCAGAUGGCACGCAGGUACUUGUCUGCUCCAUGCACACGCACCGACAGCGAGAGACUGUUUAGUGCUGCAUCUCAUGUCAUCGAUGAGAAGAGGAACCGACUUUCAUGUGAGAAAGCAGAGAAGCUACUUUUCAUAAAGAAGAACCUGCCACUUUUCCUGAAGAAGUAGGCUAAGUAGGCUUAUGUCUAGGACAGUUAUUCAUUUGUUGUGCGUUCAUCCACAUUUUUGCACUAUUCAAUGCACAUUUGUUGUUGUAGACAUACAGAGUUACAUUCUUUCAGCAGUCAGUUAUAGGCCUAACAUAGGCUAUUCAAGAAGGGGGGCUUCAAAGAUGGCCAAAUAAAAAUAUUUUUUUAUUUUACUAAUU